AUGUCAACCGAAGAGAACCAGAACAGGCAAAACCCUUAUUACGCUAUCUGGCCUGACCCGGGUCAUUGCACUGAAUGCAAUUUCGGGAACAUGAAAUCCGCGCAAACUUGUGAGCGGGUGCUUCCCAACGGCAGCAUGUGCAGCGCGGCACUGCCAUUACGACAGAUGAUGCCUGUCCCCUUGCAGCGAACACAACAACCAUCCCGAACGCGACACGAACUUCGAAGAGACGAUCUUCCUUGCCCUCACUUUACUCGUCGUCACCAUCUUUGUGUUUUUUUUACCACCGUAUUCAUCACCAUCCUCAUUAUCAUCUUCAACGUCUUGACAAUCUUCAAGUCUAUUGCACGACAAGUCUGA